AAACGGAACAAAGGACUUCUCCUUGCUACUUUAGCAAGCAGAACGGCGGAGGGGGGAAUUCAAACCACCCAAUUUCCGGCAGCAAGCUCUUAUCCAGCCACCGACUCCGGCGCAACCACCGGCAGCGAAGGAAGGAAGGAAGCGGAGAAAAUGCCGACCUUGAAUCUCUACACGAAUAUUCCUGUCGACGCUGUCACAACGUCGGAUAUUCUGAAAGACGCCACCAAAGCCGUUUCCAAAAUCAUUGGCAAGCCUGAAUCAUAUGUGAUGAUUUUGGUGAAUAGCGGCGUACCCAUUGCAUUCGCUGGCACAGAGGAGCCUGCUGCAUAUGGAGAGUUGAUUUCCAUUGGAGGUUUGGGGCCAAGCGUAAAUGGGAAACUCAGUGCCACCAUUGCUGAGAUUCUUGAAACCAAGCUCUCCAUAGAUAGCUCCCGCUUUUACAUAAAGUUUUAUGAUGUUCAGCGUCCCUUCUUUGGAUUCAAUGGCUCAACUUUCUGACGCCCUUUUCAGAUCAGAAUGCAUUAAGGUCCAGGGUAACCAUGAAUGAACAAAUGAAUGCUCUGUGUAAAUGCCUGUUCAAUUUCGUAGAGAAUGGGAGCUAUUGUUGUUACGGUUGAUGUUUCUUGUUUGACUCAAAGACCCGCGCCUUCUCUCUCUCAUGUAUAUUUGGUAUGAUUAUAACAUGAAAGCCAAUACUGUUCCUGCAAAAUUUCUGUGCUGCUUUAGCUUUACUGAU